UAGAAAAUACUCACAGACCCUUUGCAACGACUUUUCGGGCCAUGUCAUCCCCGCCUCGUUUAUGGGUUUCUCCUCUCUCCGAACGCGUGUCAGAGAGCGAUCUCAGGUCUAUAUUCAGUAAGUACGGAAACGUGGUGCACGUUUCCAGGAAAUCUAACUAUGCCUUUAUCGAAUUUCAAGAUCCUAUAGACGCGGACGACGCGGAGAAGGCACUCGACGGAUUCAAGCUAGACGGUAUCAAGCUCAUCGUGCAGAAGGCAAGGCCCAGGGAGGACAGGUAUCGAGACCGCUACAGCAGGGACCGAUAUCGAGACGACGAUCGUGACGAUCGGUACGAUCGCAGGGGGUACAGAGACGACUUCCGGUCCUACCGAGACAGCCGCUACAGCUCAAGGUGGGACGACCGCAGGGACGACCGAUACGCGUCGCGUUGGGACGACCGCAGAUACGACCGCUACAGACACCACAGCCCCAUCAGGAGCAGCCGAGACUCACGGGGAAGAAGGUUCAGUCCUCCGCGAAACACCGAGCACCGCCUGUACGUCGACGGCGUCACGCGCGACAUCAACUGGAAGGACCUCAAGGACCACUUCCGCUCCUGCGGAGACGUCUGCUUCGCUGAUGUCAAGCAACACGGAGACCGCCUCCGCGGCAUCGUCGAAUUCAAAUACCGCGAAGACCUGGAGCGCGCAUUCAAGGAACUGGACCAGACGAGGCUGAGAGGUGUGACUAUCUACCUAUCCAUGGUCGAUCCGGACACCUCCAGCGUCCGCUCUAGAUCUCCCUCGCGGUCUCCAUGCGAAGAGAUAAAAUCACCAAAGGAACCGUCCCCGAGCGACGGCACUUACGAAAAGUAUUCACCAAUCGAAGAAUCAAACGGGACCAACGAGCGAUCGCCUAUAUCAGAAGAGCACGAAUAAACAACGGAGAGCCUAUACACAUACGCACACACACA